GGAGAUGUCCGACGAGGAGGCCAUGGAGCAAGCAAUCAAGGCGAGCAUAGGAUUCGACCAGCAAAACGCCUUUCAGGCUCCACAAGAUUUCCAGCUUCCGCCACAGAGGCGACAAGAUGGGCACCCAACCGCUCUUCUGUCGCCCAUCCCUGUCCUUUCCAGCAUCGCUCUCCUCCUUCAAGCCGUCCUCGCAUGUCCGAGCGCCCGUCGUGCUCUCCUGCACUUCCGCCCAGUGGACGAGCGCGUCGUCUCUUCGUCAUCAUCCUCAACACACAGCCUCUCCGGGUACAAUCAAGGCUUCUCACCGUCUGCCCUCGCGUACCGCCAAAACUCAGACUAUCGUGCCCUCGAAACCUCUGUCCGUUCUGGAUUCGAGACGGCCUGGCGUACUCAGAUCUUGGCAGGAUUUGCAACAUUAACAGGUCAUGCAGCAUGUGCUAUCGGUGAUGUGGCAGCUGAUGUGCCUCAGGAGACGCUGAGGAAGGCCAGUAGAAUUGGCGUAGCUGGUGGCGAGGGUAGUGCAGAGGUGGUGUCUUCCUACUACAAGCAUUUGACGGGAAGCUGGUAUGAUGCAAAGCGAUACGUCGAGGAGGUGGGCUGGGAAGGGAUGCAGCAGCAAGACGGCGAGGCUGCAGUGAGGCGGCCGUGGGAGCUCCUCAAAAGGACCUUUCACUCCGUUGGUACAGCCCAGCCGCCAUCCCCUACGGCACGAGAUCGCCUCGAAGACCAAAAUGCAGUUGAGGUGGCUCUGCACCCAGAUGGGGCUGGCCCUACAACAGUUACCGCCGCACUGGCGACCUCUCUGGCUACUCGCCAAGCUUCCAUCACGCAAGCCUCAAAUGUGCUUGCGUUCUCCAUUCUUCCUUCCUCACGAGCGACGUCGCCAUUCGGACCAGCUCCAGCCCCAAGCCAAGGGGCGGGACCAUCGACGUCACCGGCAUCCCGUAUCAGCAUCGAGCCCGUCAUCUACCUCGACAGAUUCAUGUGGGAGCGCCGCUGCCAUCUUGACCUCUCCGCACAGAAGAGCCAAGAGGAAGAGCUGGCGCUGCGCCAAAAGACAAUCAAUGAGCUUGAAAAGAGGCGCAAUGAACUCUGCAACCAUGAUGGUGCGAGUACAGCUGCGCUUCUCCGCCAGUCGGUGGACUAUUUGGAGAACAAGGCCCAACGCAAGGCAGGGAUGACCAACGGCAGCAAAGGCGAUCAAGAUGGAGAGGCGGGGGACCGCCUCCAUCUCGAGCAACGCCGAGAAGCGGUCGCCUCUCUGGCUUCUAUCCUGACCGCCCUUGACCUCGAGUCAGCCCGUCUCUCGGAGUCCAUCAGCUCACAGCUCACCGAUCUAGGCGAGGCUCGGCGCUCCAUGCUCCGCGAACAGGAUCAAGUCUUCGAAGGGGACGAGUGGAAGACGAUGCCCUACAGACUCAGGGCUGUGCUUGCCACCAAGGCGAGCGGGAUGGCAUCGAGUGAUGUGGUCUAUUUUCGUGCCGGGCGGUCGGGAGGCUGGUGGAAGAGUGAGGGGCAGGGGGAGGUCGUCUCGCUCGAAGAGUCGGAAGUCUUGGCUUCCACGACUAGCGGCGACAACAACGGCACGGCGAACUCCUCGUCAGCAGUCGCACCCUCAGCGAUUCCGUACUAUCUCCUCUACAACGUAGCGUCAGAGGACGAGGAUACAGACGAGCAAGAGGAGGAGAAGUACGUCCCACCGGUAUUGCGCGAGGCUGUGGAGCAGGACAACGAGGUGUUGGACGGGAUGCUGCUGUCGCUUGGGGCGGGUGAUACGGAGGGAAUAGAUGCGGAUGGAGAUGCGACUAUGGUAGCAGACGCAGAGGCAGAGAGGGGAAUAUCGAGCAGCAAGCCAGCCGACGAGUCUAAGCCGUCAGUCGUGCCGGCACGCGAGGAGAUAGAGCAGAGUGCUGAGACGUAGCGAUGGACAGAUCUCCUCAAUCGAUCAGUCGAGGUCGCACGACCGGCCUUUGCGGAAAUUGUGGGCGACAAAUAUAUUCUGCUUUUAGCAAGCAGGAUCGUCCCCGCAGUGUCAAUAACCGUGAUCAAAGACCCUUGCUCUUGAUGAAUUGGG